AUGAGUGCGUCUAAUUCUGAAAAAUACAAAUCUUUGACGAUUUUGGAAAAAAAACAAUUGAUUGAAGCGGUUGAAAGAGGUGACAAAAAAACCGAAGUGGCUAAGACAUUUGACAUUCCUUUAAGUACACUGUCUACGAUUUUGAAGGACAAAAAUAAAAUCAUCACUGCGUCAUCAAGCGGUGGUCGGAAACGAAACAGUAAAGGGAAAAAUGUGCCUGUAAGUGGCCUCUUACUCAAAGAAAAAGCAAAAUCAUUCGCCAAAGAGUUGGGCAUCCCGUUUUUCUCAGCUAGUGAUGGAUGGUUAACGAAUUUUAAAAAAAGAAACGGUAUUGUUUUCAAAAAAAUUUGUGGAGAAAGUUCUAGUGUUGACAAUAACGUGUGUUCAGAGUGGCAUUGUAAACUUUCAACUUUGUUAAAAAAUUACGAGCCACGAAACGUGUUCAACACAGAUGAAACCGCUCUAUUUUUUAAAUGUUUACCAGAUAAAACUUUCACUUUUAAAGAAGAAAAAUGCCACGGCGGGAAACAUAGUAAAGACAGGUUAACGAUUUUAUUAGCAGUAAACAUGGACGGCUCCGAAAAGUUAACUCCACUCCUCAUAGGAAAAGCUGCCAAACCUAGGUGUUUUAAUGGCAUACGUUCAUUUCCUAUAACUUAUCGUUCAAAUAAAAAGGCAUGGAUGACGACAGAAUUAUUUAAUGAAUGGUUGUUUUCACUCAAUGAAGACAUGAAAAAACAGGAAUGA